AUGUCAUCAGACGAAAAAGUGGACGUGGGCUCCCACUCUCCCGAAAAGGAGACGGCGCCUCCGGCCUUCUCGGCCGUAGCCCAUGGCGAGGUUCGGCCGCGCGAUGAGGAGGACUUCCUGACCCGGAAUGGCCUCAACCUUCGGUCGUUCCAGAAGCGCGACAUUGGCGGAGGCUCCAUCGACUCGCUCGACCGCUCCAUGUCGACGCGCCACAUGCACAUGAUCUCCAUCGGUGGUUCUAUCGGCGCCGGUUUCUUCGUCGGUUCCGGCAAGGCGCUCGCUGACGGCGGUCCUGGCUCGCUAUUCAUUGACUUCCUCAUCAUCGGAGUCAUGAUGUUCAACACGGUUUAUGCUCUCGGCGAACUCGCUGUCAUGUACCCCGUCUCUGGUGGCUUCUACACGUACUCGACCCGCUUUAUCGACCCCUCUUGGGGUUUCGCCAUGGGCUGGAACUAUGUCAUGCAAUGGGCCGUCGUCCUUCCACUCGAACUGACGGUUUGUGCAAUGACGAUACAGUACUGGAACAAGGAAAUUAGCGUCGCCGUCUGGAUCACCGUAUUUUUGGUUGCCAUCCUCUUCAUCAACAUCUUUGGCGCCCUUGGCUACGCCGAAGAGGAGUUUUGGUCGUCGGUGCUCAAGCUGGCAGCGAUCAUCAUUUUCAUGAUCACCGCAUUCGUCCUGGUCCUCGGCGGCGGUCCUGAAGGCAGUGCCUAUGACGAAUACGUGGGCGCGCGUACUUGGUACGAUCCUGGUGCCUUCGCCAACGGCUUCCGCGGUUUCUGCAGCGUCUUCGUAACGGCCGCCUUUUCCUUCUCCGGAACCGAACUCGUCGGCCUCGCCGCGGCCGAGGCCAAGAACCCCCUCAAGUCUCUCCCCGGUGCCAUCAAGCAGGUUUUCUGGCGCAUCACCCUCUUCUACAUCUUGGGUUUGUUUUUCGUCGGCCUGCUGAUCCCGCACAACGACACGAGCCUCCUGGGUAACCCCGAUGUCGCCUACGCUGACGUCGCCGCCUCGCCCUUCGUGCUCGUCGGCAAGUACGCCAACCUCAACGGCUAUGACUCGUUCAUGAACGUCAUCAUCUUGGUUUCGGUCCUGUCCAUCGGCGUAUCCGCCGUCUACGGCGGCUCCCGCACGCUCACUGCCCUCGCCCAGCAGGGUUACGCCCCCAGGAUCUUCUCCUACAUUGACCGCUCCGGCCGCCCGCUCGUCUCGGUCCUCUUCAUCUGCGUCUUCGCCCCGCUGGCCUACGUCAACCUCGACACCGAGGGCCCGGUCGUCUUUGACUGGCUGCUCGCCCUGUCCGGCCUUGCCGCCCUCUUCACCUGGGGCUCCAUCUGCCUGGCCCACAUUCGUUUCCGCACCGCCUGGCGCCAGCAGGGCCACACCCUCGACGAGAUCCCGUUCCGCGCCCUCGGCGGUGUCUACGGCUCAUACAUCGGCCUUGGCCUCAACAUCCUCUGCCUCAUCGCUCAGCUCUACGUCUCCAUCUGCCCCGUCAAGGGCGGCUUCAACGACGCCGAGGGCUUCUUCAAGUCGUACCUGGCCAUGCCCGUCGUCAUCGUCUUCUGGAUCGGCGGCUUCCUCUGGAAGCGCACCGGCUGGCUGCGCACCGACCAGAUCGACCUCGACACGGGCCGCCGCGACCUCGACUGGGACGCCAUCCACGCCGACCGCGCCAAGGUCGCCGCCAUGCCCUCGUGGAAGCGCACGUUCUAUACGCUGUUUGUUUAG